AUGCCGGUCGAGACCGGCGCUGCGUCUGCGGGGCAGACGGUGUGCGUCACGGGCGCCGGAGGAUACCUGGCAUCGUGGCUCGUGAAGCUCCUCCUGGAGAAGGGCUACACCGUGAAGGGAACCGUCCGCAACCCAGGUUCAUCCUUUCGAGAUGAUGACGAUUUUUUUUUCUGAAUCUAUCCAUCUGUUUUCGAAUUGUGAGCACAGUUUAAUGAUGUUGUUGAGAUGCAGACGACCCGAAGAAUUUCCAUCUCAGGGAGUUGGAAGGUGCCAAGGAGAGGCUCACUCUCUGCCGCGCCGACCUCCUCGACUACGACAGCCUCCGCAAUGCUAUCCACGACUGCGAUGGUGUCUUCCACAUCGCCUCCCCCGUCACUGACGACCCAGUAAGCGUCGAUCCAAAUCUCAUGCUGCUCCGUGAUCAGAGCCCGAAGAAGAAUAAGAAGAUGAUGAUGAUCUUUGCGCUUGUUGCUGGCUCUUUCGUAGGAGAAGAUGGUGGAUCCGUCGGUGCAGGGAACGAGGUACGUGAUCCAGGCGGCGGCGGAGGCCGGGGCGAGGCGCGUGAUAUUCACGUCCUCCAUCGGAGCAGUGAACAUGAACCCAAACCGGCCGCCGGAGACGGUGGUCGACGAGUCCUGCUGGAGCGAUCUGGAUUUCUGCAAGGCCACCAAGAACUGGUACUGCUACGGGAAGGCGGUGGCGGAACAGGAAGCGUGGCGGUACGCCGAAGAGAAGAAUAUCGAGUUGGCGGUGGUGAUCCCCGUACUGGUCAUGGGGCCGCUGCUUCAGCCCAACAUCAACGCCAGCACCGUCCACGUCCUCAAGUACUUGACUGGAUCUGCGAAGACCUACGCCAACUCCGUCCAGGCCUACGUUGACGUGCGCGACGUCGCCGCCGCGCACGUCCUCGUCUACGAGGCGCCGUCGGCUCAGGGGCGGCGCUUCCUCUGCGCCGAGUCCGUUCUCCACCGCGGAGAGGUCGUUGACAUCCUCGACAAUGUCUUCCCCGGCUACCCGGUCCCCACCAAGUAAGUUACUCAGUCAGUCUCCUUUCAUCUUCAACGAUCCUCUUCCUCCCGAUCAUCUCGCCAUUAUUACUGUAUUCAGUCAGGGGACUAAACCUACAGUUCGCUGAAGAUUAGUAGGGCGAACUCACUUUUUUCCUCCUCCAGACGUCAUCUGCUAACCACUCUGCAUGCGCCACUAUUUCGGAUUGUACCAGAACCAAAAGAGCCCCCCCCCUUGACACCACCCACCGCACCGUCCCCCUCUUGGUGCUACCUACUACGACCUGCAACUUCCACCCCCGUCCAUCUGUCGUCAUCUCCUCCAAAGACCACGACUGAACUGCUAUCCACUAGAACCAGGAGUAGGAGGACGAAGAAGAGAGUUUAACCUCCACCCUCCAUGGUUUUGCAGGUGCUCGGACGAGGUCAACCCGAGGGCGAAACCCUUCAAGUUUUCCAACCAGGGGCUCAGGGAUCUCGGCCUGUCCUUCAUCCCGGUCAAGCAGUCGCUCCACGACACCGUCAAAUGCCUGCAGGAGAAGGGCCACCUCCUCCCUCCGGAAAGCCUGCAGAGCGCAGGAAAGGCGUGA